AUGUCCUCCAUAAUAUGCAACUGGAAGAAACCACUCCGUGAUCAACGGGGCGAUAUUCGGGACCGCUAUGCCAUCACUGGCAGUGCAGAUGAUGACGACGUAAACGCUUGCGCGCACCCGUUCUGGACGUUGAUGCUCAACCACAACGAGGUCUUGAUACGCGAGAAGAUCUGUCGGGAUCUCAAAACCUAUCCCUUCUCUCCAGGUCCUCCGCCAAAGGAGAUCCGCCGCUUCAAGCCCCAGCCGGACCGCCCGUACAAGUCCCCGUCGCCAAUGCAGAUGAAGAGCAAAAGCCUGCCGAGGAUCGUCGAGCUGCCAGAGUCCGGCAACUCAACGGGGAGAUACGAACCGCCCAGCAUGAUGACAAGCCCCGAGUUGGACAAGGUCGAGCCAGAAACCAGAGACCAGUCGCCCCCUUUGCCGAACCACAAACGCAAAGAUACUCCUGCGAGAUCUCCAGACGUCCUGGGAAGUCCCAACCUGGACCCGCAAGAUGCUCAAGUGACGGUGGCCGAUUUUGCGGAGCCUCACCGCCUCAGCCAGGACCCCAGGAAGCCGGUCGGAUUGAAGCAGUAUCCUCAUACCCUCCACGACGAUCCUCUAUUUGGAAUUGCCGAGGAAGUUCAUCCGCACACAGUCCAUAACGACCCCUCGACUCAAGUGGCUCGCCGCCUGGCCCCUCAUCAAAUCACUAUAGACGCAAGGACUCCGGUGGGCAAGACGACGGCACCUCACGGCGUACAUCAAGACGGCACUACCAAGGUGGCCGAAGAGCCAGCGCAACACUCCGUCCACAGUGACCAGACCACCAUUGUCGUCAAUCCCGUCCACGAUCACAGGCUCAGCCAAGACCCCACGGCCCCUGUGGGCAUGCCAACAAACCCUCAUAGUGUUCACGAAGACGGGAGAGUGGGCAUCCCCGGCCGGCCAGCUUCGCAUCCUCUCAAAGAAGAUGCAACCGUGGCCCAGCCAGGGCAUGUUGUUCCCCAUAGCUUUAACGAUGAUGGUGCGACCAGGGUUGCUGCCGGUGGCGAAGCAAGCAAGGUCGCGGUCAAGGCGCCUGAGAAGAAGGCGAGUCCGCAUCAGCUAGGGGCCAUCGGCCGUUCGGCAACAGCCCCGGCAGAAGUCGACAAGAAGUCUGCGACGGGCAGUGUCGAUGCUUCCGCACAGGUGGCAGGAGGGGGCAAUUAA